AUGGCUGCAUCUAUUACCGCGGAAUAUUCACUCAAAGAGCCUCCUUCUGUGGAAGCUCGAGACGUGUCCGAUUCAAUCCACAGCCAAAACCACCACAACCUGGAUAAGAAUGGCACCGACACCACCUCUGAGCCGGAACAGACGGACGAUGUUGUCGCAAAAGAUGGGAGCGCUCCCACUUUUGAACGCGGACCCCGAUUCUGGGCCAUCAUCGCUACUCUCUGCGUCAUCGGUCUUCUGAGUGCUUUGGAGAACACAGUCGUUACAACUUCGCUCCCUUACAUCAUUGCCGAGCUCGAUCUAGGGGAGAACUAUAUUUGGGUCACCAAUGUGUUCUUCUUGACUAGCGCCGCCGUUCAGCCUCUCUUUGGACAGAUGGCCAACAUCUUCGGUCGGCGAUGGGUUACUAUGCUUAUCGUAGCCCUAUUCACGUUGGGUAGUGGUAUCGCUGGAGGCGCUUCAAAUGGCGCGACCCUUAUCGCCGGGCGAGCCAUCCAAGGUAUGGGCAGUGGAGGCAUUAACUUGAUUAUCGAUGUCAUCAUAUCCGAUCUUGUUCCUUUGAGAGAGCGUGGCAACUACAUGGCAUUCGUCCUCGUUGUGUAUUUCGUCGGAAUGGCCGUCGGCCCUUAUGUCGGCGGCGCAUUCGUCGAAACUACUACCUGGCGCUGGGUCUUCUGGAUCAACCUUCCUGUUGGAGGAGCUUCUAUGGCCAUGAUCUUCGCUUUCCUCCAUGUCAAAUACAACAAGGAGAUGCCAUUUAUGCAGAAGCUCCGUCGCGUUGAUUACAUUGGUAACUCGAUUUUAAUUAUCUCCACGAUAGCAAUUCUGUACGCCUUGACAUAUGGAGGUGCAAGGAAUCCCUGGAAGUCAGGUCAAAUUCUUGCCCCGCUCAUCGUUGGGCUCUUGGGUCUUGUAUUAUUCAUGGUUUACGAGGCACUUGGCCGAGCUAGGGAGCCCGUUAUACCGCCACGCCUUUUUGCCAACCGAACCUCGUCGACCGUCUUCGUUGUAACUUUUUUCAACUCUGCCCUUUUAUUCUGGACUAUGUUCUUCCUACCUGUGUAUUUCCAAGCUAUACUAGGAGCCUCCCCUGCCAGAUCCGGCAUUCUGCUUCUACCAGCCAUUGUAAUCGGUGUGCCAGGCGCUGCCGUCGCGGUUGUACUUCUUGCCAAGUUUGGCCGCUACAAGCCUCUUCACCUUAUCGGCUUCGGUAUCUUCACCCUCGGCGUUGGACUCUUUGUUCUCUUUGACAAAGACACCCCCCUGGCACAAAUUGUCGUCUUCCAGAUGAUUACCGCCGGCGGUUCGGGUUUCGUGUUGAAUACCUUGCUUCCCGCAUGCCAAGCGCCGCUGGAGGAGAAAGACCAGGCCACCAUCACCGCCGCUUGGUCCUUCAUCCGCAGCUUCGGUGCUAUCUGGGGCGUCGCCAUUCCAGCUGCUGUCUUCAACAAUCGCUUCGGCCAAUUGGCACACCUUAUCACGGACCCAGAAGUAGCGGCAAUCUUCAGUCACGGCGAUGCUUACCAGUUCGCCGUUGCCGACUUCAUUAACUCGUUCUCUGAGGUCACAAGGAAUGAGAUUGUCGGCAUCUACACGGACGCUCUCAAGCAGGUCUGGCAGAUUGGUAUCGUCUUCUCAGGGGUCUCAUUUUUGCUGGUCUUCAUCGAGAAAGAGAUUAAGCUUCGAACAGACCUUAACACCGACUUCGGCAUGGAGAGGGGCAAGAAAGAAGGCGAUGCCGAGGCUACCACGCCGAAGGAAGCACCAGCUACUGUUGACGCCGUCCCGGCGGUUUCGAAAUGA